AUACCUAUAUCCUAUCGAAUAAGUGUUCACCCAGAAUGUAUGGAAUGAAUAAAAAAGAGAUUCUGACACACUCCGUGUGAGUUGAACAAAGUCUUUGAAAGUUUGUACACUGAUACGUGUUACUCAAUAAUGAUGCAAGUGUGGUACAGUUUGACGUUGAACUUCUCAUAUGUGCCCUGCAAACAUAAUCAUCCACUUACAUAGCUGAGAACUACAGCGACAAUGGAAGCUAUCGGUUUAAUGUACAACAGCUGAUGUUGAACCAAACAAUUCGAUUGGCAAUUGCCUACUUGUCAAUGCGACUGUCCGAGGGCGAUAGAGUAUCGGCCGCGACUAGUCAAACACCCUCGCAGUUUGAUACGGUUACCGAAAGAAGGAAAUGUCAAACCUAUAAUAUUUCGGAGCCGUUACGGUCGAUCAUACUGAGCUCAAUGUGCAUUCCCAACCUACAAACGGCAAACGAGCCCACGUCGCCAUCCGAUUCAGUGAUCAGUUAUCAUUCGACUUGGUGCGAUGAUGGUGUAUGUGACUCAAGUGUGACCGUGUCCGCUGAGGAUUCGGAUGUGAUCAGUAGUGGAGCAGACGCACUAUGUCGAAUCUGGAGCACCGUGUCCAUCCUCGCAUCUUACGUCACCACUGUCAACGUUAUCGCUUCUAGGAGCGACUCACAGCUUCUUCGUUGA